GGCAGUGCACCAGCUCCUGAGGUAUUUAAAAGAAGUGACGUGCCACAUAGAUAGAUAGCAUCAUCACCUCACCAUCAUCACCAGCAUCAUUGCUAUCUCCACAUCACAACACUCUCUCGACACCUAGACCAUCACAGCAUAACGAGCAAUCAUGGCUGCCGCACCCGCCGUGGGCGGCCUCUUCGCCGUCGAGAUCCCCAUUACAAACCUUGAGCGCUCGCAAAAAUUCUACUCAGAGCUGUUUGCCUGGGAGUUUGCCGGUGCACUGCCUAAGGCGACUGAGAACAUCAAGACGCUGCAUUUCUUUACUGAUGCCUCCAAGUCGAUCAAGGGUGCCCUGCUGCUCCUUGACGAGGGAUACUCGCCCAAGUCGGCCGGUAAGGAGGGCUGGGGCGUGUACCCCACGUUUAUCGUUGGUGACGUUGGUGAGGCCAUCAAAAAGGCCGAAGGCCUUGGUGGGGGUGUUAAGACUCCCCGAACUGAGAUUCCCAACGGCAUGGGCGUAGUCGGACACGUCGUUGACCCUGAUAAUAAUGUCAUUGGCCUCUGGUCGCAGAAUUGAGGCCGUUUCUGUGCUCUCGCCUUCCCGGUGCUGCCCUUGAUCAGGCGACUACUGCUGUGAAUGAGAGAACUUCAAGAGAGGCUGGUAUUGGGUGUGGAGUAUGCUGGAACGUGGGCAUAAGAUGGUGGCAAGUCGCCAUCAGGGCCCGACAUGACAAGUCCUGACCAAUUGACGGGGAAAGAUGGUUACGAUUUUAUGCUUCUUCUACCACAAAUGAAUGGGGUCAUGAAUUUAAUGCUAUCAUGUGUCAUGUUUGCCGCAGUCCCCUACAUGAUGCCUCGUGCUCCUUGUUAUUGCGCGCAGUCAACAUGGUGCUUCUUGCUGAAUUGAUAUUGCAAAUGCAUCAAUAAAAUACAGUACCCUAGUAAAUGUGUUAACACCCUUCCUUCCACUCCCGCACCGCCUUCCAUUUUAGAAUUCAAGCCCUCCAUAAUACUUAGUAUAUAGUUUUCAAAACACG